CUUUUAGUAAGCAUGUGCGGCUCUUAUCCAAAGCUGGGCCAGACUCUGGUCCUGUUAGGCUCUCCCGUUGGAUCUCUGACAUGGAGGAAAUGCUGUCCUUCAGGGACGUGGCCAUUGAUUUCUCUCCAGAAGAGAAAGAAUGCCUGGAGCCUGCUCAGUGGAAUCUGUACAGGGACGUGAUGCUGGAGAAUUACAGCAACCUUGUGUUCCUGGGUCUUGCUGUCGCUAAGCCAUACUUGGUAACGUUUCUGGAGCAAAAUCAAGGGUCUUUGGAUGUGAAGAGACAAGCAUCAGCCUCCAGUCCUCCAGGAACAACAAGCAAUGAAUUUAACAAUCACAGCGAGGCCAUUGACCACAGCUCUCUAAGUAUUCAAUGCCAGAGGAUUCACACAGGAGAGGAACCUCACUACUUUGAAGAAUGUGGUAAGGCCCUUAGUUCUCAGGCAGCACUUUCUACACACCAGAGACGUUAUAUUGGAGACAAACCCUACAAGUGCAAAGAAUGUCAUAAGACACUUAGCAGUCGUUCAUCGCUUUUGAUACACCAGAAAUAUCAUACUGAUGAGAAAACCUACAAGUGUGAAAAGUGUGGCAAAGGGUUUUUCCGUUCCUCAGAUCUUCAGCAUCACCAAAAAAUUCAUACUGGAGAGAAGCCAUACAAAUGUGAAGACUGUCACAAAGCCUUUCUUCAUCACUCAUAUCUUAGGAAACACCAGGCAGUUCAUACUGGAGAGAAACCCUACAAGUGUGAAGAAUGUGGAAAUUCAUUUUACUAUCCUGCAAUGCUGAAGCAACAUCAAAGAAUUCAUUCUGGAGAGAAACCUGACAAGUGUGAAGAGUGUGGAAAAGUCUUUUCUUCUGCUUUCUUCCUUAACCAACAUAAAGGAAUUGAUUCCGGAGAGAAAAGGUACAAAUGUCAAGAAUGUGGCAAAUCUUUUUGCUAUCGUUCAUAUCUUAGGGAACAUUACAGAAUGCAUUCUGGAGAGUAUCCCUACAAGUGUGAAGAAUGUGGCAAAGGGUUUUCCCGUUCUUCAAAGCUUCAGGAACAUCAAACAAUUCAUACUGGAGUCAAACCAUACAAUUGUGAAGAAUGUGGCAAAUGUUUUUCAUCUCUUACAUCCCUUAAAAGACAUCAGAUCAUCCAUUCUGAAGACACUCCCCAUGAGUGUGUAGAAUGUGGCAAAAGGUUUUCUAGUUCUUCCCGCCUUCAGGAGCAUCAGAAAGUUCAUACUGAAGAGAAACCAUACAAGUGUGAGGAGUGUCACAAAGCCUUUCUUUACCACUCGUUUCUUAGGAGACACCAGGCAGUUCAUACUAGAGAGAAACCUUACAAGUGUGAGGAGUGUGGGAAAUGUUUUUCUUCCUUUACAUCGCUUAAAAGACAUCAAAUCCAUUCUGUAGACACUUCCCAUGAGUGUGUAUAAUGUGGCAAAAAAUUUUCUAGUUCUUCCCACCUACAGGAACAUCUAGAAAUUCAUACUGGAGAGAAACCAUACAAGUGUGAAGAAUGUCACAGAGCCUUAUUUCUUAGGAGACGCCAGGCAGUUCAUACUGGUGAGAAACCCUACAAGUGUGAUCAUUGUGGGAAAUGUUUGUCCUCUUCUUCUUCAACCCUUAAAAGACAUCAAAUAAUUCAUUAUGAAGACAGUCUCUGCAAGUGUGUAGAAUGUUUAAAGCCCUUUGUACUGUCAACCCUUUGUUUGUUUGUUUGUUUGUUUGUUUGUCUGUUUGUUUUUGUUUUUUACAAAGGAGCCUGUUUAAGAUGCAAGUGCAAUGCAAUUAUUGCAUAUAAAAUAUUAAUCAUAUAUUUGAUUUUUAUACUUCAG